UCUGGAGUACAUUGGAGUAUGCGACGCGAACAAACCUAUACUGUGCUUCAAGCAGGUAAACAUGUCGCCGAUGCGGCAGAACUUGCGCGAUUCCAGCGGUGAUUCUGGAUCAGAAUCCGACAAUGCCUCUGCCUCCUCGAGAUCAAGUCGUAGCGAUAGUCGAGCGUCGCAGGCUCCGAGACAGACGUCGAGCAACGCUAGGAGCGAGCGCUCCGAGGACGAGAAUGACGCGCCCGCGUCGCCCACGUCGAAUGCCAGCCGCGCGUCGAGAUCCACCGUCGAGUCGAACAAGCUGGAUGGUAGUCGCAAGUCGGAGAGCCCUUCAGCGGGCUCAGGCUCAAGACGUUCGAGUGUCGGUUCAGUUCAGAGCGAGAAAUCCGGUUCUGCGAGAUCCAGGAGCGGCAGCCCAAAGUCAGUGGCCUCCAACAGUUCGAUAGACUCUCAGAAGUCACCCAGGUCACCGAGGUCGCGCUCGCCGUCUCCGCGCGGUAGCGUACGUUCCUCUAGUCCGAAGUCACCCAUCAGCUCGAGAUCUGCCCAUUCGGCGGAGAGGAAAUCCAAGACUCCAGCUUCUCCUGUAUCCAAUGCAUCGGAUUCACCAAAAAGUAGACGAUCUAGAAGCGUUUCCUCGCAAAGGAGUAACAAGUCAGUGGGUUCCGCGAGUCCAGCAGAAAGGCGCUCGAAUUCUUCCGCGUCGUCGAGAAAGUUUGACGAGUCCGCGGAAAGAGCAGGUUCUGAAAAAUCUGACGGCAAGAGGUCGAGAUCCAAAAGUCCAAAAAAUGAUAAAAGCGAUAACGAAUCGAACAGAUCCUUUAAACAAACAGAUCGCAGUCCAAAGUCUGAUGAGAGCGAUGAAGAACGAUCAAAAGUUAAACGACAAAACAGCGGUUCUGGUUCAGAUACGGAAAAAACUGUUAAACGAAUUAAAACGAUAAUAGACUCAGAUUCUGAUAACGAGACGGCAGAUAAAGAGAAUAGCGUUGCUCCAACCGCGGACGCAUUAUUCGGUGAUGCAAGUGACAUUAGCACAGAUGAUGAGAAGGACAAGAAGGAAGAAGAGAGGGACAAGGAACGGAGCCAUAGUCGAAGUAGGAGUAGAAGCAAAAGUCGUAGUAGAAGUAGAAGCAAAAGCAGAAGUAGAAGCAGAAGCAAAAGCAGAAGUAGAAGUAGAAGUCAUAGUCGUGGCAAAUCCGAGAGCGGUGGAGAAGGUCCAAGUCAUCGCGCCAUCAUCGAAGAUGAAGAGGAUAAAGAUAAAGAAGAAGAACCAGAGCCACCUCCAGAAACUAGAAUCGAUGUAGAAAUUCCGAAAAUUACUACUGAUCUCGGACGAGAAAUUCACUUUGUAAAGUUGCCGAAUUUCUUGUCCGUUGAAACACGACCGUUUGAUCAUGAAACGUACGAGGAUGAAAUUGACGAGGAGGAAACUCUGGAUGAGGAGGGCCGAGCGCGAUUGAAGUUAAAAGUUGAAAAUACAUUGAGAUGGAAAGAAACAUUUAACGAUGACGGUAAAGUAGUGAAAGAGAGCAACGCAAGAUUCGUUAAAUGGUCAGACGGCAGCAUGUCGUUACAUCUGGGUUCGGAAAUCUUCGAUGUGUACAAGCAGCCUUUACAGGGCGAUCACAACCAUCUCUACAUUCGUCAAGGUACCGGUUUACAAGGCCAAGCAGUGUUUAGAACAAAAUUAACUUUCCGACCACACUCUACCGAAUCAUUCACGCAUAGGAAGAUGACUAUGUCUUUGGCUGAUAGAUCACAAAAGACCUCCGGCAUCAAAGUUCUUUCUCAAGUAGGAAUGAAUCCAGAUCAGAACAGAUACGAGAUGAUAAAGAAAGAAGAAGAAAAAUUACGUAUGGCGAUGCGAGUCCAAAAUAAAACAAAGAAGAGUACUAGUGGUAUUCGGAACACUAAUCGUACCACAGGAGCAUAUAGUGGCGAUGCUUAUCAUGAUGAUGGUUCCGAUGACGAGGGCGCAAUUUCAUUGGCAGCUAUAAAAAAUAAGUAUAAAAAAGGAAUCGCAGCAAUUCCUUCUAAAGCUUCAAACAUUUAUUCUUCGGAUGAGGAAGGAUCGGAUAUUGAAACACAUAGGCCCAAAAAGAAUAUUAAAGGAAAGGCACUUAAAGAUUCCGAUGAAGAAUCUAAUUCUGAAACUUCUGCAGGAAGUGGUGGUGAUGAUAAUCAAGUUGAUGAUGCAAGUGAUUAAAAUGUAUACAUAUCUUAAAAUUUAGGAAAUAAAAAUCUUUAUAAUAGUA